CUGGAGACUUUUCUUUGGUCGCAGACCAGACUCAAGCGACGCCUCUCUCUCUCUCUUCUGCUAUUUGUUUCUUCUCUCUCUGCUGUAUUCUAUCUCUCGUUUUGGAUCCAGGUUCAGGUGAAUCGAGUUCUCUGAUCUCCUAUGUUUAUACUUACAUCAAUACUGAGCUCAAAAGAAUUUUGUAAUUAAGAGAGAAUGUCGAGAGGAGGCGGUACACAGAAAAGCUUGAGAAAAGCGCUUGGAGCCAUUAAAGAUACCACCACUGUCAGUUUGGCGAAAGUCAAUAGUGAUUACAAGGAAUUGGACAUUGCCAUUGUGAAGGCCACAAAUCAUGUUGAGCGCCCAGCAAAAGAGAAGUACAUAAAAGCUAUAUUUGCGGCUGUUUCAGCUACAAGGCCUCGAGCUGAUGUUGCUUACUGCAUACAUGCUCUUGCUAGACGAUUGUCAAAAACACAUAAUUGGGCGGUUGCAUUGAAAACUUUAAUUGUUAUUCAUCGUGCUUUGCGGGAAGUGGACCCCACAUUCCAUGAAGAAUUAAUAAAUUACGGCAGGAGCAGAAGCCAUAUGCUUAACUUGGCUCAUUUCAAAGAUGAUUCUAGCCCAAAUGCAUGGGAUUAUUCUGCCUGGGUCCGCACCUAUGCAUUAUUUUUGGAAGAGAGGCUGGAAUGUUUUCGUGUCUUGAAGUAUGAUGUUGAGACUGAUCGUCCUAGAACUAAAGAUCUGGACACUCCUGAAUUACUCGAGCAGUUGCCAGCUUUGCAGCAGCUUCUGUUUCGCCUUCUCGGUUGCCAGCCACAAGGAGCAGCAGUUCAUAAUUUUGUGAUUCAGUCGGCACUUUUGAUGGUUGCUACUGAAAGUAUUAAAAUUUAUAAUGCCAUAAGUGAUGGUACCGUUAAUUUGGUUGACAAGUUUUUUGAGAUGCAACGCCAUGAUGCUAUCAAGGCUUUGGAUAUAUACCGGAGGGCAGGGCAACAGGCAGAGAGAUUGUCAGAGUUUUAUGAAAUAUGUAAAAACUUUGAUGUUGGACGUGGAGAGAGGUUCAUUAAGAUCGAGCAGCCCCCUGCAUCAUUUAUGCAAGCCAUGGAAGAGUAUGUCAGAGAAGCUCCACGAUUUUCUACGGUUCAGAAGGAUCAGGUAAUUGAUGGUAAAAAUGCUGCUCCCAAGAUAAUCUUAGCGAUAGGGUACAAAAAAGAUUCAGAGGUGCAGGAGGAACGCACACCAUCCCCACCUCCUUCUGAACCUGAACCCGAACCGGUUAAGGUGGAAGCUCCUGUUAAGGUCGAACCACCUGAUCUUCUGGGUUUGAAUGAUCCUACUCCAGAUGUUUCAGAAUUAGAUGAGAAAAAUGCUAUGGCUUUGGCUAUUGUUCCAGUUGUGGUGGGAGGUGCAGCUGAGCAACCAACUUCUACUGGCUUGACUCCUGCUAAUGGAACCACGGGCUGGGAAUUAGCACUUGUCACUGCCCCAAGCUCAAAUGAGAGUGCCACCGCUGCCAGCAAACUGGCGGGAGGGCUGGACAAACUUACGCUAGACAGCCUAUACGAUGAUGCAGUGCGAAGAAGCAACCAGAAUGCGAGCUACAAUCCAUGGGAGCCAGUCCCAAUGGCCAAUCACAUGAUGCCACAAACAGCACAUGACCCAUUUUUUGCCUCCAAUACUGUGGCUGCUCCACCUUCUGUACAAAUGGCAGCCAUGGUCAACCAGCAGCAGGCUUUUAUGUUGCAGCAGCAGCAGCAGCAGCAGAUGAUGAUGAUUGGCCCACAACAACAACAACAACAGCCUUUAAAUCCUUUUGGCAACCCAUAUGGAGCCAAUGCCCAUCCCUAUGGCUCAGGUAUGCCUGUUCAAGCUUACAAUCCUUAUACGGGCCUCAUUUAGACAUCACGAACACAGAACCUCUUCUUUUGCUUGAAGCACGAGGAAGAACAAACAUGGAAAGUAAAGUAUUUUUUGGCUUUCAAGAUCGGUGAGAUUUGAAGGAUAGAUUUGUAUCAUAUGUUGUUUAAGUGCAGGAGCUAGGGUGAAAUUAUUUUGUUUAAUAAUAGGAAGAGCAAGGGAUUUGGAUCAUUGAUUAUAUACAUUGGAGGAGGAUGGUAAUAAUGUUUCUGGGACCACGUUAUUUUUUUGUAACAUGUUUAUUUGCUCCAUUUGCUUGGCCUGGAAUCUCAUUUCUUGAUAAUGUUCUUUCAAUUUUUUUGUUAAUUAAGAGAAUGAACAAUAUUUAGUUUU